AUGAAUAAAUCUUACAAGGUUGAUUCUGCAAAGAUUGAUGAUUCUAUAACCGAAUCCGAGACAGAAUCUUUACCAGAGAUUGAUCCCGUUGUUGAGAAAAGACUGUUGCAAAAACUAGAUAGACGGUUAAUAGUUUGGGCCUUCUUUUCCUACCUAACAAACAGUCUUAUUCGUAACAACAUGGCAAAUGCAUACACCAAUGGAAUGGGUACAGACGUUGGAAUAGAAUCUUCAGAUUUCAACCUUGCAGUUAGUCUUUUCUUUGUUGGUUAUGUUGUACUGCAGGUACCUGCUAGUAUGGUGAUCAGCCGCCUUCGUCCCAAAUACCUUUUACCUACUGCAUCUCUCUUGGUGGGCACCACGGCUUGCUGUAUGUCUCUGGUUAAGAACCCAGCUGGUGUGUUUGCAUUGCGCUUGAUGCUUGGCCUAUUUGAUGCAAUUUUCGUUCCAUCUCUAGUAUUUAUUAUCGGCAGCUGGUACACCAAAGAAGAACUUGCUAAGCGUACAGCCUUUUACUUGACUGGUAAUGAGAUAUCGGGUGCUGUGGGAGGUCUGAUUGCCGGUGGUGUAUCUGCAAACCUCAAUGGUGCUCUGGGAAAAGCUGGAUGGCGAUGGCUGUUUAUCAUUGAAGGAUCAAUGGCUAUCUCAGUCGGACUCACCGGAUAUUUUCUUCUUCCUGACUACCCCUCUAAUACACCCUGGAUUCGAGGAGAUGAACGUGCGUGUGCUUUAUUACGGCUAGAACGUCAAGGCCGAAAGGUUGCCCCGACAAAAAUCGGAAUGCAUACGGCCAAGAACUUGCUCUGUACACCUUAUAUCUACCUUUUAUCAAUCGCAUAUGUCUGCAUUCACAUCAGCAAUAGCAUUCCACUGAACUUUGUGAUCAUCAUCAACAAGAUGGGAUAUAGUGCCGCAUAUUCCAACUAUUUAGUGACCCCAAUCUAUAUUCUUUCCGCAAUAUGUGCUAUCGUCUUUGCGUUCAUAUCUGAUCACUACAAUGAGCGUGUCUGGGUCAUUAUCGCAGUCGAGUCAUGGGUUGCUUUUUGGUAUAUGAUUCUUUUUGUGGUGAACCAAGGAAACAGUCCAUUCGGGUUGAUCUUGGCGGGCGCGUUUAUGGUCAUCCUUGGCAUUCCACUCUUUCCUAUCUUCUUUACGUUUGUCAACGAAAUAUAUAGUGCUGACUCAAAUACACGGGCACUGGCUAUCGCAACCGUAAGCUGCGUUGGCAAUCUCGUGCCCAAUUUUCUUUCAAUUGCCAUCUGGGCUGUCACAGACGCCCCCGUUUUUAGUAAGUAUCACAAUUCAAAGACCAAAAAAAAAUUAUAA